UUUAUUAUUUAAUGAAAAACUUUACAUAAUUCUAUAAUUAUCAUUCCUAAACAUUUCUCCGUUAAGUAUGGAUUCCAUUUUUUAUUCACUUUUGUUUGUGAUAGCAACAGUUCAUGGUGAUGCGUUAGUAGACUUACCAAAUGGCCAAAUUCGAGGAAUAACCCAAUACACCACCAAAGGGGUGGCAUAUAAUUCGUUUUAUGGCGUAAGAUAUGGACAAAAUCCGACAAAUAAACUCAGAUUACAACCUCCAAAACCAGUAGAAGCAUGGGAAGGCGUUUUCGAUGCCACAGUCGAAAAAGGAAUUUGCUACCAAGUGACACAAGAUAACGAUCUGGAAACUGAAGAUUGUUUGUUGCUCAAUUUGUACACACCUGUUGAUUUGCAACGAAAUUCUUCUGCGAAGCUUCCUGUAAUGUUUUUCAUUCACGGUGGAGGUUUUGUUGAAGGUACCGGAAUUUUAGAAUGGGGAGUAGGUCCGAAUUAUUUUAUUGAAUAUGGUGUAAUAAUGGUUUCUAUCAAUUACCGACUUGGUCCUUUUGGAUAUUUGUCAACUGGUGACGACGUUAUACCUGGAAAUAUCGGAAUGAAAGAUCAAAUUUUAGCUUUAAAAUGGGUGAGAGACAAUAUUGAAUAUUUCGGUGGCGAUCCAGAAAAAGUUACUGUUUUUGGACAAAGUGCUGGCAGUGCUUCAGUUUCAUACUUAUUAUUAAGUCCUUUAGCUGAAGGAUUGUUUAGAGGAGCAAUUUUGGAAAGUGGUUCAGCCUUAAGCCCAUGGGCCUACCAAAGAGACCAAGUAGAAAUUACCUAUAAAACUGCAGCUAAACUUAAUUCUGAUUUUGAAACCAACAGAAAUUCUACUGCAUUAUUAGAAUUUUUACAAAGUGUUUCUGCUAAAGAGCUGGAUGAAGCAUCCUUCAACGUUACUAACGAUCUCGACAAUCCUGGUAAUUAUCAAUUAUCAAAAGGAUUUUAUUACACACCAGUCGUUGAACAUGAACAUAAAGAUGCCUUUCUGACUCAAAUGCAAUAUGAAGCUUUUGAACAAGGAAACUUUUACAAAGUUCCUGUGCUUAUUGGAUUUAAUGCCGAAGAAAGUCUUUUUAUGGUUGGAGUCAAACAAUUUCCGGAAAUGAUUAAAGCUUACGAUCGGAACGCAACCAACUUAGUCCCAUUUGACAUGCACAUUGAAGAUUCAGAUGUAAGCAAAAAAGUUGGAUUAAAAAUUAAACAUUUUUAUUCUCCUGAAAAAAGUUUUGGAGAAAAUGAAUUGGGUGCUGUUCAGUUUCAUUCUACACAUGAUUUUGAUAAAUCAGUAAUUAAACAAGCUGAAUUACAAGCACCAUACGUUCCAGUGUAUCUUUAUGAAUUUACAUAUAUCGGAAAAAUGGGAAAUAAUCCUAAUGUUUUGGAAGGAUCUGGUGGUGUUGGGCAUGGCGAAGAGCAAAAUUAUAUUUUCAGUAGAUGGUACAGUAGUGACAUUCCCGACAAUACUGACUUUAGUAAAUUCCCUGAAGCUGAUGUUAGGGUCCAUUACAGAUUUAUGUCACUCUUCACUAAUUUUGCUAAGGAAUUAGAUCCUACUCCUCGUGAGGAAGAAAUUUUGCAAAAUAUCACCUGGCCAACAGUACAACCUGGUGCUUUAAAAUACUUGGAAAUUGGUGCAGAUUUAGCGGUACGCGGCGGAGCACCUAAAAAUGAAAUGUAUUCUUUCUGGAAUGAACUCUAUGUUGGUUAUGCUAACCGCCCAUAUGAUACUUAUUAGGAUUUUAGAAAAUUAAUUAUUUUUUGUCAAUAAAGUAUAAUUACAAUUCAUGCGAGGGCACGCUCGAUGUUGCCAAAUUUUCGUGGGGAUGCCCCCAAAUUGGAAAUAUUUAAUUUCUAGGGCUUGAAAUAAUCACUUGAACCCCACAGGACAGGUUACUACUUAUUGACCGACCUCCGUUUAAUUGUUACUCUACUGAGAUUGUGAGAGGAACCUGGAAUCCGUGACACUACUCUACUCACGCACUAUCUCACCUAUAAUCUGUUCAAAAUUUGUUCAUUUAUAAUAUUCAUCCAUUUUUGUUGUGUGGGUACCUACUCAUAAAAAUUCGGAAAUACACCAAAAUAUCAUCCAGAAAAAAAACAACUUUUUUCACCUAUAGUUGAAUCAAAUCCAAACGGCAGUAAUGACAUUAACUGAUCAUUAUCAUUACAACCUUUUUUUUAACAAGAGGCUUGCCUGAAAAUCCGCUUCCAUCGGUAUUAGGAAUAUUUUGACCCGCAAUGAAUUUUUAAUUAUUGCUUAUUAAUUUGGAGAAAAAAAAAAUAAUAAUUUACCUUUAAAAUACUCAGCACUGCUCGUUAUUAUUCUUAAAUUAGUUAGUCGCGAUUUAAUGAGUCAAAAAAGUUCAAAGACCUAAGAAUUAUUUACCAGAAGCGAGAGUGAGGAGAGAGGAAAACUUAAAUAAUUGUCGACUUUAUUCUGAAUCCUAAACGCAUUGUUUAUGCGUUGGUUUAAAAAAAAAUAGUUUACAUAGGUACUUUUUUAAUUGUAAUCAAUGGAAAUAGAAACAAUAGAAAUAUUUUAGCAGUUUAUGAUAAUUUUUAACCUUUUCAAUGCGAAAAAAAUCCGAUUAUACUGAUUUUUAUUUCUAAAACCAGAAUCUGUUCAAGUUAAUGCAAUUUAGUUU